GACUAAAUCUCCCUCCUAUUUUAACAAAAGAAAAGAAUUUCCCAUUUCCAAAUCUUGAAAAUUCAAUCAAAUCAUUCCACCAUGAGACAAAGGAAGAAUGUUGAUGUUUCAUCAACUAAUAACAACAUCAAAAACAACCUUAAAAUUCCCAAAACUCCUAAAAACAACAAAUUCACACACCCUUUAUUGAAUAAUAAUGUAUUUUACCUAUGUUUAUUCUUCAGAUUUAUUAAUGCUUUUUUUGUCCAAACAUAUUUCAAUCCAGAUGAACAUUGGCAAGCCCUUGAAGUUGCUCAUCAUAUCUCAUUUGGGUUUGUGUCUUUUUCUCAAUUCUUGAAGUAUGGGCAUUUGACAUGGGAAUGGGAAAAGGGUAUAAGGAGUUAUUUGCAUCCAGUGAUAUUUGCUGCCUUGUAUAAAGUUCUUGCCUUUUUGAAUCUUGACAAACCUUGGUUCAUGAUAAGGACUCCGCGACUGCUGCAGUCGGUAUUUUCAGCUAUUGGGGACCUCUAUUUAUUUAAGCUCUCUCAAGAGAUAUUUGGUGACAGUGUUGCAAAAUUCGCGCUUUUUGCGCAGUUGACAAACUGGUUCAUGUUUUUCUGUAUCACGCGUACUUUAUCCAAUAGUCUGGAGACUGUUCUUACUGUUGUGAGCCUGUACUACUGGCCUUGCAUUAGACCGUCUGCUAGUAAAAUUUCUCGGGGUUCAAGAAAAUGGGGUUUAGCUAUAGCUGCAUUAGCAUGUGCAGUCCGACCUACAAGUGCCAUUACAUGGAUCUAUAUUGGCCUCCUAGAGCUGUACCUGACACGUGAUAAGCUGAAAUUUGUUCUUCUUGAGGUGAUUCCUAUUGGGACAUUAAUUCUGGGACUUACGUUUCUGGUGGAUGGCUGGAUGUAUGGCACUUGGGUCCUUGUGCCUUUGAACUUUCUGAAGUUCAAUUUUCUCUCCUCCGGUGGAGAUUAUUAUGGAACUCAUGUGUGGCAUUGGUACUUCAGUCAGGGUUUUACAGUUAUGGUCUUCACAUUCUUACCAUUUUCGCUUGCUGGCAUUUUCAAAUCUAAGCAGUGGAAACUAUCUGGUCUAAUCGCUUGGUGUUUGGGAAUAUAUAGCUUGUUGGGUCACAAAGAGUUCAGGUUUGUCCUUCCUGUGCUUCCAAUAGCUUUAAUGUUCGCUGGUUACUGGUUGGCAACAAUUGGAGGGCCCGAUAAGUCUAAUGGCCAAGGCAAAAGAUCUCCAAGCACUCAUGACAGUUGCUCAGCAAAAUUGCAACUGGCCAUCCUGUUCUUAGCAGUUAGUAAUAUUCCAAUGGCAAUUUACAUGAGUAUGGUUCAUCAGAGAGGGACAGAGGAUGUAAUUAACUACCUCUCCGUCGAAGCGUACAAUGGGAAAGUGAAAAGCGUCCUUUUCUUGACACCGUGCCAUGCCACACCUUACUACUCAACUCUUCACCGUAACCUUCCUAUGCGUUUCUUGGAUUGCACACCAAGCGACGAGAAAGGAGCUCUGGACGAGUCUGAUCGGUUCCUGGCGGAUCCAGCCGGUUUCGCAACAGAAUUUGCUAAGAACUGGUCUAUACCUAGUCACAUUGUGCUCUUCGACUAUCAGGAAAAACUACUAAAGGACUUUCUAGCGUUGCAUAAUUUCGGAGAGAUAAAACGGUUCUUCCAUGCUCACUUCAAGGUGGAUCGAGAACAUCAGGCAUCUGUUGCUGUGUAUACACGGAAAGGAUUUGACGAUGAUUAACUUACCGGAAGAUUCUUGAUUGAGUUUUCAUGUAGAACGAGAGCUUGAUCUUGCAUCUCCAGAUGGAACGCUUGAACUGCAAAGUUGCACCAAGUGCGUGAAAGGAAGUCCAUCGUCUCGGGAUGUGCUUGUGAAAGUGUUGGAUUCGAAUCAAGAUCCAUCGAUCUUUCAACCACGACGGAACAGUUGUUUUUGAGGUUAGUGAAGUUUUGAUAGAAUGCUAAAUUCACUUAAGAGAGAUAUAAAUAGAAAGUUCAAAAGUGUU